AUGGGGGAGGCAAGGGGGAAGGGUGCUGCUGGUGGUGCCGCUGCUGGUGCUGCUGCUGGUAGGAUGGGAGGAGGAAGGGAGGAGCGGAGGGUGGGUUGGGUGGAGGAGGAGGAGGGCGAUGCUAUGGGGGAGGAAAGGGGGGAGGAUGCUGCUGGUGGUGCCAGGGCAGCCGUGCGGCAGAUCCGCGCGACUGGGAAGCCCGUGGCGAAUGCACGCGGGACAGCCCGCGGCAAACGAGCGGGACGUGCAGAGAUGGGCGCGAAAUGGUCAGAUUUCAGCGCGGGAGAUGCAGAUCUGGUCGCGCGGAGUGCAGAUCUGGUCGCGCGGAGGGCAGAUCUGGUCGCGCGGAGGGCAGAUCUGGUCGCGCGGAGGGCAGAUCUGGUCGCGCGGAGGGCAGAUCUGGUCGCGCGGAGGGCAGAUCUGGUCGCGCGGAGGGCAGAUCUGGUCGCGCGGAGGGCAGAUCUGAGCGCGCGGAGGGCGGAUCUGGGCGGGAGGAGUGCAGAUCUGGAUGUAGGCGCGGGAGGAGUAGAUCUGGUCGCAGGGAGUGCAGAUCUGGGCGCUGGAGUUGCAGAUCUGAGCGCGGGGAGUGCAGAUCUGGGCGCUGGAGUUGCAGAUCUGAGCGCGGGGAGUGCAGAUUUGGGCGCUGGAGUUUCAGAUCUGAGCGCGGGGAGUGCAGAUCUGGGCGCUGGAGUUGCAGAUCUGAGCGCAGGGAGUGCAGAUCUGGGCGCUGGAGUUGCAGAUCUGAGCGCGGGGAGUGCAGAUCUGGGCGCUGGAGUUGCAGAUCUGGACGUGCCUUGGAGGGCAGCGCCUUAG